GGUUUCAAAAUAGGGCGUCAUCAUUCUUGGCUAAUCAGAAUACUUUACGCUGUCAGCUUUUAUCAAUCAAACCAUAGGUAAAGAUUUGAUUUCAAAUAUAUUUGCCAAUAUUUGUUCUUCUGAAAGAUUGUCAUAAUGCGACAUUUUAUUCAUCUUCGGUACGGACAAAGCGCGGGAAAGUUGUUGCGAAGACGCUUGUAACUUCAUAAAUCUCCAUAUAGUACGAAUCGGCAGUUUCUUUGUCAUCGUUUUGAUCUGGCGUGUUCCUCAGCUUAUCUGAAGAUCGCAUCGAUUUUGUUGCAAUCGUACUUGCGAAAAGCGAGUUUUACCGCUGAAUAUAUUCCAGUGUGUAUUAAGAAAAUGCCUGCAAAAGUUAAACGCAAGUCAAAAAAGGAUUCAACAGCUGACGAGGAACCAACAGCAAAGCAAGCCAAAGGUGAUGAAGCAAGUACCUCAAAUGGCGAUACAAAAGCUAAACCCAAAAAGGAGGAUAGUCUGGCGACCUUGCCUGAGGGCACAGACACCAGCUUCCCCACAGAGUUCAAUCCUGAUAAGGUCACAGCUGACGGACGGAAGGCCACAUUGAAAAUCACAUCCUGGAAUGUCAAUGGACUGCGUGCUUGGUUAAAGGGAGAUGGUCUGAAUUACCUCAAGACCCACAAUCCGGAUAUUCUCUGUGUCCAAGAGACCAAGUGUUCCCUAACUAAGUUACCUAAGGAAGUGGAGUAUGAGGGUUACCAUGCCUUCUGGUAUUCAGCUGAUACUGAAGGCUACGCUGGAACUGGCAUGUACACCAAAACCAAACCCAUCAGCCUCACAAAUGGAAUAGGUAUUGACAAGCAUGACUCAGAGGGCCGCAUCAUUACUGCUGAGUUUGAAAAGUUCUUUCUUGUCACCUCAUAUGUUCCAAACUCAGGAAAAGGUCUGGUGAGGUUGAACUACAGAACCAAGGAGUGGGACAUAGAUUUCCGCGGGUACCUGAAGAAGUUAGAUGCCAAGAAACCUGUAAUUUUGUGUGGAGACCUUAAUGUCGCACACACACCUGCAGAUUUGAAGAAUCCAAAGACAAACAAGAAGACGCCCGGGUUUACAGAGGCGGAGAGAGAGGAGUUCACAAAGUUACUGGGAGAGGGAUAUGUGGAUUCCUUCAGAGAGCUCUAUCCCAAUGCACGAGACUGUUUCUCUUUCUGGACUUACAUGAUGAAUGCCCGUGCCAAGAACGUGGGCUGGCGACUUGACUACUUUGUUCUCUCUGAACGCUUGAAAACAGAUCUGUGUGACAGCAUCAUCCAGCAAAGCAUCAUGGGUAGUGACCACUGCCCAAUUAUGCUGUCUAUGGCUCUAGAUCUGUGAUUCAUCGAAGAGAAGAGCCCAGUGAUACAACAGAGGGGAGAUGUCUCUCAGAACAGAGCAGCUCUUUUCACCGUGUCAAAACCUUUUUUUAUAAUAAAGAAAAUGGUUCAUUACAAAUCAGCCAGUGGAAUGAUGGGUUACAGAUGUAAUCAAACUAGCCAAUGGAAUGAUUGGUUGCAGAUGUUAUCAAUUCAACCAAUGAAAUGAUUGGUUACAGAUGGUCAGCCAAUGAAAAGAUUGGUUACAGAUGGUCAGCCAAUGAAAUGAUUGGUAACAUAGUUGCGAAUGAAUCAUUAAGUAGUGGUUACUAAACUGAGGUAUUAAUUACAAACACUGGAACAGGACCUUUCUCAGAUGAUGACAGUUUAUCAGUUACAUGGAGAUAUCAAUGUCCUAAUAAGGAAGUACUACCCUACAAAAAUAACAUCUCAACUCUUCUUAAACAAUCUACUUCUGUACUACAGGGGAUGUAGAGUCUGCUUGUAGCAGCCAGGAAGUAAUGUAGUACAAACUGUAGUUAACUAUUGCCAGCUCAAUUGUUAUCGUGUACUCUUCCUACCUUGAUUUAUGCUAUUAAUAAAAUAGUGUAUCAAAAAGUAAAAUGUUUUACCUGUUACUUGCUAUUAAAAGUGAAAUGUUUUUUACUUGGUAUCAGAAGUUCAGUGGGUUUUUCCCUCGUUAGUAUCAGAAGACUUUUUUGCUGAGAGUCUGCUCCUGAUUCCAUAUCAUAUCGACAGGUUACAGGGUCAGCGACAAUACAUGUUUGAUAUUUAUUAAGUGAACAUUUUUUUGUUUCGUAAUGUCUGGAUAUAUCUUAAAUGUAGCAUGCUAUCUGUAUUCCUACAUAUGUUGCUCUUUGGUUGUCACACCUGCAGGUUUUGUAAUGGAAACCUGUGGGCUGUGUACAUGGGGUGUAUAUUUUGUAUGUUUGAGUAUGGAAGUGAUCAUGUGAUUCAGUCACCUAUCAUAUUUAGUCGAAUGUUAUGAUAUCUCUACAGAUUUACAGAUAUUGUGUAAAGCUUUAGACCAGGUGUUAUCAGUGGGUUAUCACGAGUGUAACAUCAAUCAAUACUGUCAAUUCAUUCACAAAUAAAACAUGUCACAAGAAA